AUGUCCAAGUACCUGAGGCAUUUCACCACAGUGGGUGACGACCACACAGCCCAGUGGCAGGAUGAGGAGCUACAUGAAGCUAGUGAGGAGCUGGGACCAGCCACAGGACAGAUGCCCCAGGGGGAACUCUCCUUCAGAGACUCCCUGAAGAUGCUCUACAGCUCCAACAAAUUCCAGAUAGUUGUGGUGUGCCUGGUCAUCCUGGAUGCCAUCUUUGUGCUGGUCGAGCUACUGAUCGACCUAUCAAUCAUUGAUUUGGAGCAUGGACACAUUGCCCCUCAGGUGUUCCACUACCUGAGUCUGGCUCUUCUCACCUUCUUCAUGGUGGAGCUGGCUGGGAAGCUCUUUGCUUACCAGCUGGAGUUCUUCCACCACAAGUUUGAGGUGUUUGACGGGCUGGUAGUGAUUGUGUCCUUCAUCCUGGAUGUUGUGUAUACAGCCAGCGAAGAGGCUUUUGAUGCCUCUAUGGGCCUCCUGAUCCUCCUCAGGCUCUGGAGGGUGGCGAGGAUAAUCAACGGUAUCCUGGUGUCUGUGAAGUCAAGGGCCGAUCGCAAACUUCACAAGCUGAAGGAGAGCAACGAUCAACUGGUCCAGCGAGUUAGCGAGCUACAAGAGCGCAGCGGCAAGACGGAACAAGAGAACAGUAAACUACGGGCUCUCCUGCGACAGCAUGACAUUGCGUACUGAUGCAGGAAGAGGAACAAGAUGCCAUUUUCAUUAUCCACUUCUAAAGUUUUAUUGGAAUUGAUCAAUAAACAAGGGCAUAUUCUGAAAGGUGUGGACCAUCCAUACACCAUUUGUGUCAGUAAUUCCACCAUGACAGGAGCUUACACUGCCCAGAUAGAUACUAAAUCUGUUUGUACUCUUGCCAACUCAAUUGCUGUCAUUGUCAAACCAAACAUUUGGCAUGACAAUGAAUGACAAUGAGUUGGUAAUAUAGCACAAAGACUGGCACUCAGGCUAGAUAGAUUCCACAUGAUUAGGUCAACCUUCCAACCAUUAUCUGCAUAUUUAAGCAGAUUAUAAAAGCUGAUCAGACUUCAUUGAUAUCAUAUGCCAGUAUUUCACAUUGCAAUGAGCAUACGUCUUACUUGAUAUUUUUAUAUGUGCUAUGCCUUUAUUCAGCUAAAAUUUUGUACUUUAGAUCCUGUAAUCAAUUUGUUGCAUCUUGCUGUUUUCUGAAUAUCCAUUGCUUGCUAUGCAAAGACAAUACAAGUAUGAAUCACUGUGAAAGUAUUAUUAAAUGUUGCUUUAUUGAUUUUUUUUAUACUCUCUCAUUUGAUCUAAACUACAGUAUGUACAAAUAAAUAAAAGGUGGUUGCUAACAGCAGCUGAAUGCCA